UCCCCUGGCGGGCCGGGCCCUUCUCGCGCGACCUUGGGGAAGUUGUGUAACCUCUGGGCCCCGCGACGCCCUUUCCUGGAGCCCGGAGCUGGAACGAAGCCCCUCGAAGGCCUGACAUCAGAGAUGACGCGUCCUCGCAGGCGAUGACUAGGCAGAACACGAUGCCACUCCCUUUCUCAUGUCCCGGAGGGCGCGGGGGUGUGUCGCCUCCCCCCCCAGCCUGGUGGGACAGAUUAUCAGCGCUUCUGCAGUGGUAUUGGCAAAGGACCUUCGAUGAGCCACUUGUCUUUAGAACAGAGGACGCAGGAAGGCUUCGAGCUGAACACCAGGCAGGACUUCUCAAUUAUGAGGGAUGUCAGACCUCAGAGAGGAAGGCCGAACUGGGACCUUCCCAUCCAGGAGAGCCCCAAGAUGAGGUUUCUGAGGCCCAGAGGCGUGAAGUGUCUUCUCAAACCCACCCGGCCAGUGAGGACCACACCAAGAACUGGAAUCUCGGUCUUUGGUUCGAAGUCCAGCACAGUUUCCACGAUGAGAAAAUAGAGGCCACAGAGAGAUUAUUACCUCAUGCUGUUCCCUGGGUAAAUGGGGAAACUAAGGCUGGCCCAGACACCACUGGAAGGAGGUCAUGGAAGAGACUGUAUUAUGAGUAUAAGAAGAAGAGGAGCAUUGGAAAUUCCAAGGACAUUCUGGCUGUAGCCUUGAGAGAAUUAUUUUACUUCUCCAAACUUAUUCUUUCUUAUCUAAACAGUAGGAUAAUUAUGUCUUAUUGGAAGCUUCAAUGCAAGGAUCAGGUGAACUCAUAUAAGUAAAAUGCCUAGUGUAUGAUAGAUAAUCAAUAAACAGAAACUGUCAUUAUUAAUUACCUAAUUGCUUCCUCCUUUGUGCUCUUUCUGUUUCAGAUGCUUCCCUUCCAGAGCCUUAUCAGACUUUUUAAUGAUCUUAUCAUAUAUCUGUCUUGCUGCUGUACUCUGAGCCCCUCAAAGGCAAUAGCCAGCUCUUACCCACUUCUGAGCUCUUUAGCUGACAGAUGGGAGGUUCCAUAUGAGGGAUUGAAAGGAAGCUGUUUGCCCAAGUGGACAAGCUAAUAAGUGCAAGAGCCCAGGUCCCUCCCCAAGAUGCUAUGCAGACUUGUAUGAUCAGUGAUCCAUGGUCAGGGAGGUGGGUGGUGGAAGACCCCAACCAGGGCCUGUGACUGCCUGUGUGGGGAGUUGCAGGUUGCUGGGGCAUGGAGGAGGGAAAAUGGGGAUGGGAGUCAAUGAGCUGUCCUGGGCCUGAGCUCACAGGCUCAGCAAAGAAGGCACUUAUAGAAGAUGGACAAGGCAGGGCCCAGUGAGCAGUGAGAUGUGAAGGUUCACGAAAGGGAGGAGUCCAGCUUGACUCCUAGGUUACCUUGGAAUACAGGAGGGAUAUGAGAGUAUGUAGAUAGGAGGGGAGGAUCAUGAAUUCGAUUUUGAAAUGCUCAAGGCGAGGAGUUCAUAGGACAGGUCUCUAAAGGUCUCUAGCAGGCAUUUUUCUGUAAGGAGUUGUGUGCAGGGUGCUGAUAUCUGCCACAACUUAUGAUCCUAUGACAUGGUUGUUCACUGAACUGGCAAAGUAUAGCUCUAGAGUUGGAUUGUAGGACUUGAAUCCUGGCUCUAUGGUAACUUGCUAGCUGUGUGUG